AUGGAAGGUGAAGAUCAAAAACUUUAUAUCUCUUAUGAAUUAAUUCAUAAAUUAUGUCAACAAGCUGCUAAAGAAAUCAAAGCUAGUGGUAAGACCAUUGAUUUAAUUAUUGCCAUUGGUGGUGGAGGUUUCAUUCCAGCAAGAAUUUUAAGAUCAUUUAUCAAAGAAAAGGGUAAGAAGAAUAUCCCUAUUCAAGCUAUUGGAUUAUCAUUAUAUGAACAAUUAACAGAUUCACCAGAAGAACAAAUUGGUAAAGAAGUCAUAAGAACCCAAUGGAUUGAUUUCGGUAAUUUAUCCCAACACUUCGAUUCUUUAAUUGGUAAAAAUAUUAUCAUUGUCGAUGAAGUUGAUGAUACUAGAACUACUUUACAUUAUGCAUUAACUGAAUUAGAGAAAGAUGUUAAGGAAAUCCAAAAGAAAUUGGGAAGAGAAGAUGAAACUACUGAAUUUUCAAUCUUCGUUUUACAUAAUAAAGAAAAGGAAAAAAGAGCAGAAUUACCUAAAGAAUUAUUCGCAGAAAACCGUUAUAUUGUAGGACAAAAUGUUCCAGAUAAAUGGAUUGCAUAUCCAUGGGAAGCUUUAGACAUUGAUACCCAUACUGAAAAGGCCAGAUUACAAGGUAAUAUAUAG